AUGCCUACUCCUUUAUCAGCAAUUGGUGCUAAGUGCUCCCAUGAAGUCUCUGAACUACUUCUCAAAUGGCCUGAUAUUAAGAACAUUAUUGAUCUAGUAAAUUGCUGUAGACACAUUCACUUCUUUCUUGGUGAUGUGACUAAAGGUGUUCUCUCUGUAAUUAGAUAUGAGACAUGCUACCAGUAUCUUGAAUACAACAAAAAUGGUAUCCAUGGUUUUAUCAAUACUAAACCUGAACAAGUUGCCAAGAAAGGACUUGGCGGGUAAGUUAAUUAUGCUUAAUCACAUAAUUCAGCUUACUCAUUUGAUAUACAGUACACAAUCAAUUGUACUGCAUCUUCUAUUAAACUUUAUGCCUAUAAAUACUCUGCUAAUCAAUUUAGACACUGUGGAACACUUGCGACCGGGCUGAUAAUUAGUGUAGAAAGAACAAUUAGUUUUCUUGAAGGUGGAUGUCAAGAAUUUUAUAAUUUAAAGACAACCAUAAAAAGCCAUAUUAUGCUUGGAAGAGGUCAGUUUCACUACGAAGCUUUGAAGGUAAAAAUCACGUUUACAAUGAUUCAAUCAAAUUUUUAAUUUAUUAUGUUACAGUACGAGGUUUCAUUAACCUGAACUGUACCUGUUGUCAUACCAGUAUUGUUUAACUAACCUUUGAUCAUUUUUCAAAUUUAGCAUGAUCAAGAGAAAUCAAAGAGGAUGGCACGAGCUCGUGCAGUGACUGAAAAUUUAAUAAGAAUCGCCUUAAGCAUAGUAAACGUUAAAGCAGCUGCCCUUCAUUAUGAAACCUUGGUUGCGUCGCAUCAGUUGACUGGAUCUGAUGUUGGAGAGUUUAGCCAUGGACAAAAGCAAUUCUGA